AUGUCAGACCUGAAGACUAACGACAAUUUCAAGUUUUGUGUUAUAGUAUCUGAUGAAAAUCCAGAUAAAAAAUUUAUAUUACUGGAUAAUGAACCUUUAAUAUUGGGAAAAAAACAACAAACAGGAACAGUCAAUCCUAAGAUGUCGAAAAAUCAAAUGAAAAUUAUAGCUGAAUAUUCUACGUCUAGAGUAUGGGUUCAACAAUUAGGUACAAGUAGGUCUGCUGUUAAUAAUGAAACUAUGACAAAAGGAGAAAAGAGACUUUUAAGUUACGGAGACAAAAUAUCAUUGUUAUAUAAAACUAAUCACACUUAUCAUUUGGAUUUUUUAACACCCAAUUAUGGUAUAGACUACGACAAAAGGAACACUCUUUCUUUAAAUGAAGAAAUUAUACCUGAAAUACCUGAAAUACCUGAAAUACCUCUCUCAAAUUCUACAUUGUUAUGGGAUAAUAGAGAUGAUACAUUGUUAGUGUUUAAUAGUCCAAAUAUCAUUCAUAAAGAUAAGAUAGCAAUCUUUGAAAUGACGGUUCUGUCUGGUAAAGCUUUCCCUGAUGAUGAAGAUAACUGGCCAAUGUGUAAAGCUGAAGUUAUUAGAUCUAUUGAAAAAUUGUCAGAUGAUGGUUACAAAAUAGUGCUGUUUACUUAUCAAGGAGGUAUUGUUUUUAGUAUGGAAAAGAAAAACACAUUUCAAAAAAAAAUUGAAAAUAUCCCUAAAUUGAUUAAAACACCAGUUCAAGUAUUUAUAGCCACCCGAAAAGAUAUAUACAAACUACCUGCACCAGGAAUGUGGAAUAUUUUGGUCUCUGAUUUCAAUGGAGGUAUAUCAGUUGACAUGGAGAAGAGUUUUUUUUGUGGUGGUAAUGCAGGUCGGCUUGAUGGUUUUGAUUCAGAUGAUAUACCAAUUCAAAAAGACCCCUCAUGUUGUGACCGUUUAUUUGCCAUGAAUAUAGGUCUCAAAUUUUAUACUCCCGAACAAUACUUUUUGAAUGACUCUACUCCACAAAUUAUUGCAUCACGGUUCAAUCCAAAGUACAUUUCAUCUAAUAUCUGUUACACAAAUUUAUCAUCCAAAGUAUUGUUUUCUUCAAAAAGAGAAAUGAUCAUAAUGGUUGGUUGUCCUGGUUCAGGAAAAAGUUAUUUUGCAGCUAAUAAAUUAAUCUGUCAUGAUAAUAUGAAAAUAAUUAACAGAGAUAUACUAGGUUCAUGGCAAAAGUGUUUUGCUAAGAUUACCAAGUACUUAAGAAAAGGUAGUUUGAGUGUAUUGAUUGACAAUAGACAUCCGGAUGUAGCAUCAAGAAAACAGUUCAUCGAAAUAGCUAAAAAUUUAAAAGUCCCAUGCAGAGUGUUUUUGAUGAAAGUUUCCAAAGAACAUGCAAAACAUAAUAACAAAUUUCGAGAAUUAACUGAUGAACUACACACAAAAGUAUCGGAACGCGAGAUUGAUUUAUACUUUUCAAAAUUCCAAAAACCAACCAAAAAAGAAGGCAUUAAAGAAAUAGUUCCAAUCAACUUUGUUCCUCACUUUAAAGAUCCCAAUCAUGAAAAGCUGUACAAAAUGUUCUUGCUUUGA